AUGGAUCAUCAAGACAUUAAACCUGUUAUAUGGCAUAAAACUGAGAAAAAAACAAAACCAAAAAAUAUUGAAGAAGCCCGAAAGUUAGGUAUUGACGUAGAAAUUGAAAAAAAGUAUUUUGGUGGAAAAAACAAAUCAAGUAAAGGAAAUUUAAUAAUAGAAAAUAAAGCAAAAAUUGAACAGGAAAAUGAAAAUUUUAAGAUUGAUCGUGUUACACCAACAUUUUCAAGAGCUUUGCAACAAGCCAGAAUGAAUAAAAAAUUAACACAAGCUCAAUUAGCUAGAUUAAUUAAUGAAAGUGAAACUGUAAUAAAAGAAUAUGAAAAUGGAAAAGCAAUACCAAAUAAUGUUAUUAUUCAAAAAUUAAAUAAAGUUCUAGGUGUUAAUUUACCAUCACCAAAAAAAAAAUAA